ACUAAAAUUAGAACUAGGCUGACAUUACAUUUCAGUUGGUUACAGCUGACGGGAUUUUAAUCAUUUGGAGCCACAUUGAAGAAAAUAAAAAACCCUGCAAUCUGCUUUUAACUGAUAGUCAUUAACUUUGGUUGUGUGAACUUUAGUGUCCACCAAUAUUGGUCCUUUCUGAAAUGCCAUCUAUGAUUCAGCUAUUCAAACCUAAUGAAGUUGGUGACUAUGACAAUGUGGAGGAAUCAUGACUGAAAAUGUGGUUUGUACUGGGGCUGUCAAUGCUGUGAAGGAAGUUUGGGAAGAAAGAAUAAAGAAACACAAUGAAGACCUGAAGCGAGAGAAGGAAUUUCAGCACAAGCUAGUGCGAAUCUGGGAAGAACGAGUAAGCUUAACUAAGCUAAGAGAAAAGGUCAUCAGGGAAGAUGGAAGAGUCAUUUUGAAGAUAGAAAAAGAGGAAUGGAAGACCCUUCCUUCUUCUCUGUUGAAACUAAACCAACUGCAGGAAUGGCAACUUCAUAGAACUGGUUUGCUGAAAAUUCCUGAAUUCAUUGGAAGAUUCCAGAACCUCAUUGUGUUAGACUUAUCUCGAAACACAAUUUCAGAGAUACCUCCAGGGAUUGGACUGCUUACUAGACUUCAGGAACUGAUUCUCAGCUACAACAAAAUCAAGACUGUCCCCAAGGAACUAAGUAAUUGUGCCAGCUUGGAGAAACUAGAACUAGCUGUUAACAGAGAUAUAUGUGAUCUUCCACAAGAGCUCAGCAAUCUGCUAAAACUUACUCACCUUGAUCUGAGUAUGAACCAAUUUACUACAAUCCCUCUUGCUGUGUUGAACAUGCCUGCCCUUGAGUGGCUGGACAUGGGAAGCAACAAACUUGAACAACUUCCUGAUACUAUAGAAAGAAUGCAAAAUCUACAUACGUUAUGGCUGCAACGAAAUGAUAUAACAUGCUUGCCUGAAACAAUCAGCAAUAUGAAAAAUCUGGGUACUCUUGUUCUCAGCAACAACAAACUGCAAGAUAUUCCAGUAUGCAUGGAAGGAAUGGCAAGUCUGAGGUUUGUCAACUUCAGAGACAACCCACUGAAAUUGGAAGUAUCACUUCCUCCCAAUGAAGGCACAGAUGAAGAAGAGGAACGGGAAUUAUUUGGUCUUCAGUUUAUGCACACAUACAUACAGGAGUCACGGAGAAGAGCAGGAAUACUGAUCGGUUUGUAAGGACUUAUUCGUAUUCUACUAUCAUCACCAUUUGUAUUCACCGUCCAGACAUUUGGGUAAGAUGGAGUCUAAAUCCUUCGCCUAACAGAAUUCUCAUUCUUUAACCAAGAGAUGUUUGCCAGGCCCCUCAAAACCAGUCAGAACAACCAUGGACAGAAUUCAGAGUGUCCACAAGUCACGUCUCCCAUACUCCAAAACAAGAAUGUCCUUGUUUCAGUAUGCUUCACUUUCAGUAAACGCCGGUCAAAACAAAAUAGGAAGUGGGUUAUAGCUACGAUGGAGAGUGACAGAUGAAGGCGGUCAGGGGACUCAUCUGUACUGGAUAUUGUCUAGAUGAAUAAACUGCUUAAGAAAUAAAAUAAUUCAAAUAAUACUGGACAUUCACACGUUGAUCUGAAUCAGACGCUGUUCUCUUUGGUUUAUUCUUUAUAGCUCUAUUAGACAUGCUCUUUUUCUAUCAGCAUUUUGCUCGUCUGGUUUUUAUUUUCCCAUCAUACAUACAAAUAUACAUAUCUCCAUCUUAAAAUAAUAUGCAUAUAUACAAAUAUAGUGUUGGUACAUUUAUAUGCAUAACUA